GGUUAUCGGGAGCAACAGCAUCAGCCCAGGUCCACACUGACAUCCUGGACUACAAAGAUUUGCUUUUUACUAUCAUUUUAUUUUUUUUAAGCUUUUAUAUGUAAUAAUACAUAGCUCGCAGCAGAGCAGACCUGGCAGUAGCGCUCCACUUUUUUUUAAAACUGAUUUUGGGCAUUUCAUUAGCCUCUGAGCUAUGAUGGUAAUCAUUUGGAAUAUAUUCCUGCCAGCAUUCCUCCUAGUGCUGGCCAAAGCGAGUCUCAGGAGCUCCAGGGAUUCGGCAAACUGCAAGCUCAACAAGAAACAAAGCCAACUAAACUCCUUUCUGUGGACAAUAAAGCGAGAUCCCCCCUCAUACUUUUUUGGCACAAUUCAUGUACCUUAUACACGGGUAUGGGACUUUAUCCCAGAAAAUUCCAAGACAGCUUUCCAACAGAGCAAUAUUGUGUACUUUGAAUUGGACUUAACAGACCCAUACACAAUCUCAGCCUUGACUAGUUGCCAGAUGCUGCCCCAGGGUGAAAACUUGCAAAAUGUACUGCCCAGGGAUAUUUACCGAAGGUUGAAACGCCAUUUGGAAUAUGUUAAACUUAUGAUGCCUUCCUGGAUGACCCCUGAUCAAAGAGGAAAAGGGCUUUAUGCUGACUAUUUAUUCAAUGCUAUUGCUGGAAAUUGGGAAAGGAAAAGACCUGUCUGGGUUAUGCUGAUGGUGAACUCUCUAACAGAGGUCGAUAUCAAGUCGAGAGGAGUCCCAGUAUUGGAUUUAUAUUUGGCUCAAGAAGCUGAGCGCCUUAAGAAAAGAACUGGAGCAGUAGAACAGGUAGAAGAACAAUGCCACCCCCUAAAUGGAUUGAACUUAUCACAGGUAAUAUUUGCCUUAAAUCAGACUCUCUUGCAACAGGAGAACCUUCGUGCAGGCAGCGUUCAAGUUCCCUAUUCCACAGAAGACCUGAUCAAGCAUUAUAACUGUGGAGACCUCAACUCCAUUAUUUUUAAUCACGAUUCUUCACAAGUCCCUAAUUUCAUAAACUCCACUUUACCACCUCAAGAAAGAAUAACUGCUCAAGAGAUCGACAAUUAUUUCCGUCAAGAGCUGAUUUAUAAAAGGAAUGAGCGCAUGGGAAAGAGGGUUAAAGAUCUACUGGAGCAGUUUCCGGAGAAAAGUUUUUUCUUUGCUUUCGGUGCAGGUCAUUUCCUGGGCAAUAAUACUGUCAUUGAUGUGUUAAAAAGAUAUGGAUAUGAUGUGCUACACACUCCUGCUGGUCGAUCCAUCAUCAACAAUGGUAAAGGUAAGAAAAAUCUGCUGCCAUCCAAGUUUUCAUCUUCAUCUUUACCAGUUGGGUUAUCCGCACCUCCCUGCACAGUUACUUCCAGAAUAAAACAGUCAAUAAAUUCUCACAAAGACCAAGAAUCCCUCCCUGACAUACUGUUAGAUGAUGAUAUCGACCAGCUUGAUAAAGACGAAAGAAAGUACAAAAAGAGGAAGCAAAGGAAAGAAAAACAUCGCCAUUUCAGUGAUCUCUGGGUUCGCAUUCAAGAAAGCUCAACAGACACCACGCCGCAAAUCCGAAUUAUUAAUGGAUACAUUACUGUGGAACCACAUCCAAGAGAACACGGAAAAGACAAAUACAUUAAGGCAGCACAAAGCGUUUCUUUCAGCCUAUCGAUCCCUUCUGCCUUUUUGCUGCUGGCUUGGUGUUUUCAGCAGGUGGCAGUAUUGCAGUGAAGUUUCCUUGAGGAAAUCGACAACUUAUAAAAUGAAACUCAGCUUUGUUAAUUGUAAUCUGAUGUUUAACAUGGAUUUUGAUGCGUCAGUAUUUCAGACAUAUGUUGAGUCACGGGUAAAAAGGUUGGCUUGUUUGUUUAGACUAUAUUUAUGUCUCUGCACAAGGUUCCUAUGCACUUCUGAGUCAUUGUCUGGCAGCCUUCAAUCAACAUUGCUUUUUAGAAGUUCAAUAACUAUUUUGGAGAGCAAAGCCUUAUUGAUAUUUGCCUGCCCUAGUAAGCAGUUUGUUCCUAGGGAAAAAAAGAGAACUUAAACAAGCGCAAGAAGGUUAAAAUAAAGCAAGCCCACUGAUUUAAUAGGCAGCCUAACUUUGCUCAUAAAACCACCAUAUCUGAUAGAAUUGAAUGUAUUAUUCCAUAUUGUAUUAGCAGAGCAGUUACUUUGGUGAAAAGAAGCUCUAUAUAACUUACUACACUACAAGCACCAAUAGACAUCAGUGGGCUUUUUGUGGCUCAGUCACAUCAAAAGGACAAUAUGGUGUUUGUUCUUUUGCCAUAAUACAUCUAACUAAAAGCUUUACCUGUUUUUGGGCCACUAGUAUUGUGUACUGGUUGAUAUUGAAAUGGAAUAUGUCUUUGUUUGAAAAGUCAUUAUAUUUUUUCUUCUCUUGAAGAAGAAUGUUUUCAUGUUAAUCCCAUAAUGCACUUGGGAAAUAUAAAAAGUACUGUUAUAACAAAAUUGUACUUUAGACUUCAAAAGAGUGACUAAAUUUUUCUCUAAACCCUCUUAA